AUGGCACGACCAGAAAGGACAUUCAGACCGGCAGACCUAGAAGAAGACGCCCCACCGCCCUAUGCAGCCACCGCGCCCGCGUCAGACUCGACGGUGCCCGACCCAGAGCAGUACCAACAUUCCUACCCAUCCCUCAACACUUCCUACAAUGUCCAACAGCAACAACAGCAACAGCAACAGCAAUUGCAGCAGCAGUUGUCUAUGGGUUUACCGAGUACACCGCCACCGCCGAUUCAUUAUUACCCCGUCAUGUCGUCCUCCGCGCCCGCUACUGGACAUACGCCUGGAUCGACGACAACGACUAUGGCACCUCCUCCACUGCAGUAUCCGCAUUAUCCUGUGGUUUCUACGGCGGUAGGCGUGAGCCCGUAUCUGAUGUACCCUGGCGCUUCUCAAUCAACAGUCUAUCCUGCACCACAGGCAUAUCCUGUGAUGGGUGGUGGUGGUCAUCCCUCGCCCUAUGGACCAGCUACGACUUCUACAGGACCAGGAGUACCACCAGCACAUUCACAUGCACAUGAAGGGAGUGUAUCAGCUUACCCGGUGCCAUAUCCGUCAGUGACAGGGAUGCCACCGUCGUCUCAUCAUGGCGGAUCGCAUUUCCCACAGAAUCAGUAUUAUUCUGCACCACCGUUACACUUUUCACCUCCUCCAGGACCACCACCUCCCCAAACAGCAACAACAGGAUCACCUGCAGCAUCCACGGCGACAGCUUCGACAUCGACAACAGCAUCGCCACACUUUCCGCCCUCAGCUCCGCAUCCGCUGCAACAGCAGCCCGUUCUUGUCUCCAGCACGCCCAUUGUCGCAGUCACGACGCCCGCUGUACAACCAACAGCGCCAGAGGAAAAUCUGAUCGACCUGGACGAUAUCAAUGGUCGGUGGGAGCAGCCUGAGCCACCAAGAGCACCGCAUGCUUACACCUCGCCCGUCUUGCCGCCUAUGUCGGCCAUUGCAGUCUUGUCGCCUACACCAGCACCAAUACCAGCACAAGCACCCCAGACAGGAGUAGCAACAUCUCCGGCAGUACCACUACCUUACGUGCCACCGCCAGUUUCACAGCAAGUACUACCGCCGACUGCGUUACCGGAUCUAAUCACGUUGUACAAGUGCCGAAAGUGUGGUGCGACACUCGAUUCAGAUACUGCGGUCUGUAAACGGAUACAUGUCGGUGGAUUCAGUGGCGACAAACAUGCCAACCAGGCGACAGAGGCUGAUCUGAACGAACGCAGGAAAUUGAUCCCUCAUGCUAAUGGCAGUGGCGCUGGCAAUGCUCCCAACAAUGGAUCGUCAUCGACUGUAGGGAGUCAGGGAUCGGCAGAGUUGGUGGUGCACGACUCGAACCAUGGAACCAGCGAUGUGUAUCUCAAUCAUCGACAGUACAACCGAUCCCGCAGAAGCGAAGAGUUGGCGCUGCCAGCACAUACUGUGAGUCCACCAGCUUUGGUCGAAUCUUCCUCCUCGAGAGGAGCACUGGGUCGAGCGACGUCAAUGGUGAACCCUCCGUCGACACAUCAGUACCUUUCGAAGCCAUCGACAAACGACAACCACGGGACCAACGAUGUGUAUAUCCGCCGAUCGUUCAGUACUCAGGGCCCGGUGACGUCGUUGAAGAAGCUGUGGAGGGAUACCAAGAAGGAGCUGUUGUCUAUUCAGCAACCGCCGUACAGUUCUAGGAAUCAUGAAAUUGUUGCACCUCCUCCUUUGCCUCCGCCCAUGAUGAUGCAGCAGCAGCCUUAUCCGCAGCCUCCUGAGCAGUAUCGACCGUCGCCAAUGUACCAUGAUCACCAUGCGGGAGCUGUACCACAACAGCAGUAUCAUGGACAUGUAGGGUACCCUGUUCUAGGUCCCUCGACAACACCUGUCACGAAUUCGACGAUACCAGCGGCGGCGAGCACGAAUCCGUUUAAUGACCCACCGACACCGGCGUAUAACCCCGCACAUGUUCCGGCAUACAUUCCUGAGCUACCCAUGCGGGAACAGCAGCAGCAACAGCAAUCGUCGCCGGCACCCUCUGCUCCACUUCCUAGCCAUCCCUUGUGA